UCCUGGUGCGAUGCCUCGGCCUUGGUCGUGUGUACUCGGUGCGUCUGUCUGUGAGCGCAGUUGGGCAGCAGUCGUCGCCACUGUGCGUCGUCGCUGAAUAUGUUGCAGCAGCAGCCUCUGACAGGCAACGGGGCCUCGAAUGGCCGGGGACUCGGCAUGAGCGGCCACCCCGGGAUGCACGCGCUCAACGCGGUUCACCAAUCUUCCCAGCACCGGUCCGACGGAGGCGACCCCGCGGGCCUCGAGGGCACAGAAAACGGACACGAAAGCCGCAGGGACAUUGGAGACAUACUGCACCAAAUAAUGACCAUCACCGACCAAAGUUUGGACGAGGCACAGGCAAAGAAACAUGCGCUGAACUGCCACCGAAUGAAACCUGCAUUAUUCAGCGUGUUGUGCGAAAUCAAGGAAAAAACUGGCCUGUCCAUGAGGAACAAUCAGGAGGAGGAUCCCCAAGAUCCUCAGUUGGUACGGUUGGACAACAUGUUGUUGGCCGAGGGUGUUGCAGGCCCAGAGAAGGGCGGCGGGGCCGCUGCUGCUGUGUCCGCAGCCACCAGCUCAGGAGGGAUGUCACCUGACAGCUCGCUCGAGCACUCCGACUACAAAAGCAAGUUGAGCCAGAUUCGCGGUAUCUACCACACUGAGCUGGAGAAGUAUGAGCAGGCGUGCACGGAGUUCACCACGCAUGUGAUGAACCUGCUGAGGGAGCAGUCGCGUACGCGGCCCGUGACCCCGCGGGAGAUCGAGCGCAUGGUGGCCAUCAUCCACCGCAAGUUCAGCUCCAUCCAGACUCAGCUCAAGCAGAGCACGUGUGAGGCAGUCAUGAUCCUGAGGUCCCGCUUCCUGGAUGCCAGGCGCAAGAGGCGUAACUUCAGCAAACAGGCCACAGAGGGGCUGAACGAGUACUUCUACUCCCACCUGUCCAACCCUUACCCCAGUGAAGAAGCCAAAGAGGAACUCGCCAAAUCGUGCGGAAUCACCGUCUCUCAGGUUUCCAACUGGUUUGGCAAUAAGAGAAUUCGCUACAAGAAAAACAUUAGCAAAUUCCAAGAGGAGGCCAACCUCUACGCCAUGAAGACGGCCUUGGGAGCGAGACAGGGCGACGAUUCCCCGCACACUCCCAACUCCACAGGGUCUGGGUCCUUCUCUCUCUCCGGGUCAGCUGACAUGUUCCUCGGUGUUCCGCCCGUGAACGGCGAGCAGUCCGCCUACCAAAUAGGAGUGCAGGCCAACGGGAACUGGCCGGGUCGACACUCGCCGCCACCGGGCGCCUCGCCCCGCAGCGACCACUCGGACAACUCGGACUGACUGACUGGCCCCGCCCACUGGCACAGAGCGAACGACAGCGACGGAAAAAGAUAAAAUGACAGAAAGAAUGAUAUCACACUUCCCACUUGGCUGCAGUUGUUGUUUUUGUACUUUUUUUCGGUUUUAAAACAUUUUUUAAAUUUUUCUUUUCUUUUUGUGCGUAUGAUUCGUCACGUGCACGGAUGGUGUGUGUGUUGUGUGGUUUUAUCAUCAGGGUUAUGGGUGUGUGUGUUUUUUUUUCUUUUCCACUAUGUUACUGAGGGGAACGGGACAGGAAAAGGUCGGGGAUUGCAUUAUCAUUGUUUUUAAGCACACUAUAUCUUUAUUAUUAUUAUUAUCAUUAAUAUUAUUAUUGCUGUUUUUAUGAUUAGUGCAACAACUAUUUUCGUUUUAACUACUCAGAAAAUUGGAGAGAGUGCAUCCAGUGAAUGAGAGGGCAAUAGAGAAAAAUCCAAAGAUUCUGUGUGUUUGUCUCUGUUUUCUUUGUUUGUGUGUGUGUGUGUUUUUUCUGUUUUUCUACCGGGCUUGUGUGACCCUGUAACAUGAAUGAAAGUGUGUCUUGAGUCCACGUUAAAGGUUUGAAUGAGUGUGUCGACAGUGCUGUCUUUUUUCUGUACAGUGAAACACCUGUAUUCUCUCUACCUCUUUUACAAUAAAGACUCUCUGUAUUCACAGCCACA